GGCAAGGGGAGGAGGCCCCGCGGUGGACCCGGGCCGCCGUCCGCUGCGCUCCCCUGCACUGGCCCCGCGGAGGUGGGGACGGGCCUCCGCUGCCGGGAACCUGCCACCCGCUCGCACCCCCGGGUGCGGAGAGAGGCGACAGCGGAGCACCCCCCUCGCCCCGCUGCCAGGGGCGCGGGGUGCUGGUGAGCCCGAGGCGAGCACCCCAAAGGGGAGCGGCGAGACGAAACCGCCAAGAUGUGAAAGUGAAGCUUAGCACGAACUGCAAAGAUGCUUUGGAAGCCAAACACCUCAGCCCUGAGACCCCUUCCUUGGAAGCUGCUGGGGCUCGUCAGUCUCCUGCUCAGAAUCGCCUGGGUGCUGCCGGGCUCUCCCGAGAAGCCUUGCACUUUUAAGAUGAACUUGCGCAACUCCCGGCUGAUCUUAUCAUGGGAGUUUCAGGGCCACAAGCUCGCACCCACCCACUACACACUGUGGUACACCAUCAUGAGCAAACACGAGGCCAUGAAGCUUGUGGAGGACUGUGCAAACAUCACCAGGUCGUUCUGCGACCUCACAAACGUGUGGCAAGACAUGGGUGAGACCUAUAUCCCCAUGGUGUCUCGGCUCCAAGGGAACCAGACGCAGGACAGCUGCAUGAGCGACAUUCGCCUGACCAGCAACAUGUCUUUAGAACCUCCCGAGUUUGAGAUUGUGGGUUUCACCGACCACCUUAAGGUCAUCAUCCACAUCCCACCCGGUGUCUCUGGCAUUAUAGAGGAUUUAAUGUUCAACACGCCCCUGGUCAUUGAGGAGCGGUCAGAGAGGAUUGUGAAGAAGCAUAAGCCCAAAAUAAGUGGGAAAAUGGCUGGAGAUUUCUCUUACGUCAUCGACAGGUUAAUUCCGAACAUGAACUACUGCAUAUCAGUUUAUUUUGAUGACAGAAAUCCAGAUGUGACACGAGCAAUGAAAUGCGCCCUCCUACCAGAAGAGAAGCCAGGGAGGGAGGGAGCCUCAGCAGUGGUGCCGCCUCCUGAAAAUCUCCACAUGCAUUCACUUAAUUUCAAGAACAUUCUCCGGUGGGAGUCACCUGCUUUUCCCAGAGGGAACCUCACUUUCACGGUUCAGUACCACAGCUAUUACAAGUCCUUUCAAGACCAGUGCAGUCAUAUUAACUCGACAGAGUGUGAUUUCUCGAGCCUUUCCAAGUACGGCAACUACACAUUGAGAGUCCGAGCGGAGUUCCAGGCUGAGCACUCAGAGUGGGUCACCACCAUCUUCUGUCCCGUGGAUGACACUGUUAUUGGGCCUCCUGGAUUGAAGCUGAAAGCCCUGGCCAAUUCCUUGCAUGUGCUCUUCUUAGUCCCCCGAGUUGAGAACGAGCCAGACUCCUGGAGCAUGAAAAACUUCUAUAACGACUGGGCUUACAACUUGGAGUACUGGAAGAACGGCUCCAAUGAGAAGUUUCUGGUGAACUGCAAGUAUGACUCCGAGGUGCUGAAGGGUCUGGAGCCCUGGACCACAUACUGCGUUCGAGUUCAAGCAUUUCUUCCCAAUUGGAACAAAACUGGGCUAUGGAGCCCGCCGGCCUGUGAGCAGACCAAGGACAAGACCAGUGUGUCCUGGAUCAUUGCGCUCGUGAUCAUCGGGGCCUCCGUGUGCGUGGCCCUCCUCCUCCUGGGCUGUUUCGCCCUGCUCUGGUACAUCUACAAGAAGACCAAGUACGCCUUCUCCCCCGGGAAUCCCCUGCCCCAGCACCUGAAGGAGUUUCUGGGCUACCCUCACAGCCCGCUCCUGUUCUUCACCUUCACGCCCUCCGACGAGAACGAAGUCUUCGACAAGCUGAGCGUGGUGAUGAGCAGUGUACCUGUGCCCGCCAGUGGCCCGAGUCCCACAGAGCCCUCCGAGGAGGACACCCAGGCCAGAGGACAUACCGACCCUCUGCUCAUCUCCACCCCGGAGCCCAACCAGACGCACAUGAGGUCCGAGACCACCUGA